AUGGGGAGCCUGAGUUCAUGCUUUUUCGUAAUCAGGGCUAAAAUGCUUCCUUGCGAAUCAGAGCUUGAAGUAAAGAUCAUUAAGAAGGUAAGCUUUCCUUGUCCCUUUUUUCAGACAAGGAAUGCAGCACUAGAUUUUUAUCCACUAAUGAGGUUGCUGGUUUUAUUGCAUUCAAUGCUAGGUAGGAUCUUCCACUAUGGUUCAAUUGGUUUGAUUGAGGAACCUUGUAGAUCAAUUCAUCUUUUUGCAUUGGACAUUGCCAAAAAAAUCUGGUAUCAUCCUCCCACAUUUUAUCAAAAUUUGAGAAUGGCAUUAUGACCAUUAGCAGACACCGUUCGAAAGGGCAUAUGGUAUAAAACAAAUGUUAUCAAGG